AUACAAUUUCCCACGACAUUGAGCACGGCGUUCUGAAGGCUGUCAGAUGAAUUGGACGCAUUUCAGACUUGGACUUCACUUUCAACAAACACAAACUCUGUGUUGUCCUGGUGUGUAGACCUUUAAUCACUACUCAUAUUCGUUUUUAGAGCACAGUCGUCGAGCUGAGCGAUGCUCCGCUCAAAGAGAAAAUUGAAUGAGUAAGGAAGUGAAAGUGAAAGACGUUGAGGCCUCGAGACUAGACGUGUAAUCUAAAUUCGGAGUUGCUCGACAUUCGAAGGUUUAAUAGGCCAGCCUGGUUUCAAAAUCAUGACUUCAGCAGAGAACAUAUACUUCAUACUAACUGAAAAACCAAAAUUUCCUGGACACAUUGAUGCAGGUCAUUUAUGCUACUGCAGAAAAACAGUGUACAAGAAGAGAGGUGACGCCUCAAAACUGUCAGUUAUCCCCGUCGACUCAUUUGCACAGUUAGAUUUUUCAAUAGAAUUCACAUGCCUGAGCAAACUCAGUGUGGAACGUGCCGAGCUACUGUGUGCUCUGCAGAAUGAUGAAGAACGACUGAAAUGGUUCCGAGAGGAAGUUGCUCUCCAAACAGCUCUUGAACUCACUGUGGGCACUUCAGUUGUUGUACAGAAAGGAGCAGAGGAGCUUCUGGGUGUAAUUCGUUACAUUGGAAAAAAUAAAAAAAAAAAAUUGAAUUUUCCCAUAUUGGGAAGGUUCUUUGGCAUUGAACUACUGGACCAAGAUAAAGGAAAGGGUGACAACGAUGGGACUUACCUGGGUGAAACCUUCUUCACCUGUGAAAAAUACUGUGGUCUCUUUGUGCCAUUCACUAAAGUUAAAUCUUUAGAAUAUCCUCCACCCACACCAUCAGUCAGACCUCGAUCUCCACAGCAACAACCAAUGGAGCUACAUUCAGGGGACAGAGUCACUUACUUUAUUGGUGGUGAAGCGGGUGGUGGAAUGGUGCUGAAAGUGCAGAAACAUUCGGUUCUAAUCUCCACAGAUACAGAUAAAAAUGGAAAAACAGAUCCUGUAGUGGAAGUUCCACUUCAGCAUGUGUCGAAGCGAGAGGUGUCUGCAGAACCAGAGGUGAUGGAUAUGGACAUACCACAGGCAGGAGCAGACUCUGCAGAAUCAUACAUGGGUCUGGGUGUGAAUUCUAUGGUAGAGGUGACGUUGCAUGGCAAUACCUAUGGAAUUAUUCGAUGGAUGGGCACUUUGGGUGAUAAACAGGACGUCAUGGUGGGACUGGAACUGGAGGAAGACAAGGGAACAAGUGAUGGCACCUUCAGGAAGAAACGGUUCUUCAUGUGUCCACCUAAGAGGGCUCUGUUUGUGAAGCUGAGUUCCUGCCGUCCUGACUCCAGAUUUCAGAGUCCAUCAGUCAAUCACUGUAACAAGGUCAAAGUGGAAGACGAAGAACCAGAGAUCGAUCACCGUACAGGCAGACCAGAGACCGUUCCUCCAGUCAGCACGGAGAAGGUGGACAGUGUUCUGAUUGGAAAAAUGAAGGGAAUACAAGGCCACCACAACUCCUGCUACAUGGAUGCUGCCCUCUUUAGUUUGUUUUCCUGUUCGUCUGUGUUGGACUCCAUGUUGUACAAGUCAACAUCACCGCAGGACACUUUCAUCCAGAAAAUACUGCUCUGUGACAUUGUCAACCCUCUGCGCAGCAAGGGCUUUGUAGAAAGUCGGCACGUCAUGCGGCUCCGGCAGCAGCUGCAGAAACACGGCUACAGUCAUUCCUUCACCACUGAUGAGAAAGAUCCAGAGGAGUUCCUCAUCGUUAUCAUGCACCAAAUUCUUGCUCUGGACCCUCUCCUCAAACUCUCAGCCCGGGGUAAAGUCGUUGAGAGCUACUGCUAUCAAGUCUUCCUGGAUCAGAAACACAGUCUGGUGCUGCCGACAGUGCAGCAGCUGCUGGAACAUUCUCUCCACAGUGAAGGACUCACGAUGGCAGAGGUGCCGUCCUGCCUCAUCCUCCAGAUGCCUCGCUUUGGGAAGAAAUUCAAAAUGUUUGACAAAAUCAUUCCGUCUCUGGAGCUGGACGUCACUGACCUGGCAGAGGGUCCACAGCAGUGUAUAUUUUGUGGAGACUUGGCUACCUUCCGAUGUCAAGGCUGUUUUCAAGAUCCUGCUUUCAAUCAAUGUGGAUUUAAAGUAUUUUGCCAGACAUGCUCAGAUAAGGUUCACUCUCAUCCUCAGCGAAGGUCCCAUCAACCUGUGGCCCUGGACAUCCCCAAAGAUUUCCUGCCUCACGUGUUCACUCACACUCCGACCAGAGACAAACUGGAGCUGUUCGCCGUCCUCUGCAUCGAGACGAGCCACUACGUGUCCUUCAUCAAAUACGGACCAAACACUGAGGACUGGAUCUUCUUUGACAGCAUGGCCGACAGAGAAGGAGGAAGUGACGGCUUCAACAUCCCUAUGGUGCAGCCCUGUCCUGAGGUCGGCAUGUAUCUGGAAAUGCCACCUGGUGAAUUGGCCAAACAGGUGCCUCGAGACAUGAAGGGCGUGGCCAAGCGUCUCUUCUGUGACGCCUACAUGUACCUGUACCAGAGCCCCAGGAUGUGCCUAUACCGCUGAGGGGGGGCAUUAGAAAACCCUUCACUUUGCUGAUAAUUGCACUUGUUGAUAAAAAAUGUUUUCCUGUUUGACUUUUUCUUUUGUAUAAUGGGUAAAAUGAUAAUUUAAGUGAUUUAUAUCCUGAUAAAUGUCCAGAUUUGGCUAAACUAGUUUUUUAUUUAAGAAUUAUGAUCUUUUUAUUCUUGUAACCUGGUGUGAGGAAAAUGUAAAAAAAACACGUGCUCUAAAUUGUGAACCAAAAAACUGACAAUCACAGCUUUGGAUGAAUGUGUGUGAUGGAAAUAUCACUGGCAAACGUGUUGUUUUUGACAAAGAUGAAAAAAGAAAAAUCUAAUGGUUUACAGGACAUGGAUGUGGUUUUGCGUAGUGAUACAUUUCUCCAAAACCUUAUCAUUUCUUGAAAAAAAAGUUUCUGAUUUAAAAAGUUUUCUGUUUAUUUUAAGCUUGAGUUAAAUCAUCUCCAGAUUUUAUCUCAGGAAAUUGAAUGUCAGUUUGUUGCUUUAUUACCUCCAUCACUGCCCUGUUUGAGAUAAAUGUGCAGUACAGCGGAGAAUUUCAUAAAAUUAAAAUUCCAUUUGAAAUGUACCUUAGUGGCGUAGCGCGCUUGGUAUGGGAUCUUUAAUAGUUCUGAUUCUGACAUUCUGUAGCAUACAGACCAUUGAAAUAUAUAUUUAAGACACCUGAGCUUAUUAACUGAAAAAGUACCUUCUUUUCAUUUCUGUAAAAAAAACAGGCUUGCUUUGGUUCAGUGGGUACCUGAGGUGAUCUUCCAAACAAUAGGUCUAGGAUUUAAUUCCAGGUUGCAUAAUCUGUUCUUAGGCAAAGAUUAUUCUUAGUCAUACUGUAUAUUCUUUAAGUGCUAUAAAUGAUGUUCCCAAACCUG